AUGUCGUCCGAUAUCGACAUCAUUGAAAUUGUUGACGAUAUACCUUCACCAAUGGUUUGCAGCAAAGAGCCAAUCAUUUUUCGCGGAGUUGGCCAUCUAACGAUGUUCGGUCUGAGCUCUCGAUUUGAUACUGAAUUUCCAACCGUAUUAACCGGCCGUUUAGCACCAGAAGAGCUAGCCGAUACGAUGCGAAAAAUUAACGGUGUGUUAGCAAGGAGCAUGUCAGGAAAUGUUCGUUGGCUCAUUUGUGGAUUGCUCUUUUGCUGUUGUACCGUCGGUUGCUCAUUAUGGCCGGUUGUUUGUUUGAACAAACGUACUGUACAUGCAUUAGAGAAGUUAUUGGAUCAUGAAAAUCAAACGCUGUAUAACAAAUUGGGCUUGCAUUGGCGACUAGUAAGGCGACCGGUCGAAGUUAAUUAUAGUAUGACGGAAUAUGUCUUACUAUUAGAAAUUCUUCCAAAAACCCUUCUUCUAUUGCCAGAUUAG